AUGCGGAGGAGUUUAGCGCCGAGCCAGGUUGGCUCCGGCGAAAAUGUCUUCAAAAGUCCUCUGCUCAACUCGAAACGAAAAAAGCGCGAAUGUUCAAGGAUACCAUUGGCACAGAAAUCUCCCAGUCAAGUAAUGUCAGCCUCAGAACACGAGAAUUUAAUCAAACACAUACUAAACAAACCCUUCAAAGUACCUAUUCCAAAUUAUGUUUCGUCUUAUUGUGGCAAAAGUUUAGGGCUUAAGAGAACACAAGUAAGACGCGCUCUCCAUGAUCCCGAUGAACCUAAUGCUUUAGUGUUAUAUCGUCCACCGUAUCUUCCUGAGCACGAAAGGAUGAAAAUGAAUGUAAACGACAUUAAAGUAGCUGUAGUAGUCGACCCUGUACUUGGAAAUAUUUUACGACCUCAUCAAAGAGACGGCGUGAAGUUUAUGUACGAUUGUGUUACAGGCCAGCAGAUUGAGAAUGCAUAUGGCUGUAUCAUGGCCGAUGAAAUGGGAUUAGGGAAAACCUUACAAUGUAUCACUUUAUUGUGGACUCUCUUAAGACAAGGGCCUGACUGCAAACCAACUAUCUGCAAAGCAAUUAUUGUAUGUCCAAGUAGUUUAGUAAAAAAUUGGUAUAAUGAAAUACAUAAAUGGUUAGGGCAGAGAAUAAAUGCAUUAGCCAUGGAUGGGGGUUCAAAAGCUGAUAUAACCUUGAAACUUCAACAAUACAUGAACACAUUUACUACCACCCGAGUUGCUACCCCAGUGCUAAUCAUCUCUUAUGAAACAUUCAGGAUUUAUUCUAACAUUUUACAUUCAUCAGAAGUUGGGCUGGUUUUGUGUGAUGAAGGACACAGAUUGAAAAACAGUGAAAACCAAACAUACCAAGCAUUGAUGGGUUUAAAAGCUAAGAGAAGGAUUUUAAUAUCAGGAACUCCUAUACAGAAUGAUUUAACUGAAUAUUUCAGUUUGGUACAUUUUGUCAAUGAAGGUAUACUUGGUACAGCUCAAGAAUUUAAGAAAAGAUAUGAAAAUGCAAUACUUAGAGGCCAGGAUGCCUUGGCAACAGCACAAGAAAGAGAAAGGGCACAGGAAUGUCUCCAAACCUUAACAUCGAUAGUGAAUAAGUGUAUGAUUCGUAGAACAAGCAGUUUACUCACAAAAUAUUUGCCCGUUAAGUUUGAGCAAGUCAUAUGUGUAAAGAUGACACCGCUUCAAACGCAAAUAUACAAAAACUUUAUAAAUUCUGAUGCUAUUCGAAAUAAAUUUUCUGGUACUGGUGAUAAGAAUACACUGAGUGCCUUAUCAAGUAUUACUACUUUAAAGAAACUUUGUAAUCACCCAGAUUUAGUAUAUGAUAAGAUUGUAGAAAGAUCAGAAGGGUUUGAAAAAGCAAUGAGUUUAUUACCUGGCAAUUAUGACCCCAAAGAUGUCAAACCAGAAUUAUCUGGCAAACUAAUGAUUUUAGAUUGUAUGCUGGCUAAUUUAAAAACUAAUACUGAUGACAAAAUUGUACUAGUAUCAAACUACACACAAACAUUAGAUUUAUUUGAGAAAUUAUGUAGAAAGAGAUGUUACCAGUAUGUAAGACUUGAUGGAUCUAUGACAAUAAAAAAGAGAGCUAAAGUUGUUGAAAGUUUUAAUAAUAAGGAAUCAAAGGAAUGGAUAUUUAUGUUAAGUUCAAAGGCAGGUGGCUGCGGAUUGAAUCUCAUUGGUGCAAAUAGACUAAUCAUGUUUGACCCUGAUUGGAAUCCAGCAAACGAUGACCAGGCUAUGGCAAGAGUGUGGCGCGAUGGACAAAAAAAGCCUUGUUAUAUUUACAGACUUCUUGCAACAGGUACUAUUGAAGAAAAGAUAUUCCAAAGACAGGCGCACAAAAAAGCACUCAGUGAUACAGUUGUUGAUCAGAAUGAGGAAUCUCUCAGGCAUUUUACUUCAGAUGAUCUAAAAGAUCUGUUUAGGCUAGAAGAAAACACAUUGUCAGAUACUCACAGUAAAUUUAAAUGCAGAAGGUGUGUUAACAAUAUACAAGUGACUUUGCCUCCAGAAAAUUCUGACUGUACCUCAGAUUUGUCAAACUGGUAUCAUUGUGCAGACAAGAAAAAUUUAGCAGAUUUAGUUCUAAAGCAGUGUUGGGAUUUGGCAAAGUCUAUUUCUUUUGUGUUUCAUCAUAGGUCUGCACAGACAGAAGCCAAGACCACUUCUGAAGAAGAAAAGGAAAAUAUUCCAGAUUCAAAACCAAAAAGAAUGAAAAUUGAGAUUGAUGAAGAUUAUUCAGAGCCUGAUGAUAGUGCUGAUGAAGAUUAUGAAUAA